UUCUUCAUCUAGGAUUAGUGAUCUCACGUCUGCUGGUUCAAUGGCAUGCUUAUCCCAGUCCACAGCGUCCAACUCUUCCAUUUGCUUGUGCCAGACCUUCACCACCCAUGUGAUCCUGCCUGUUCUUUACGGCGCAAUGUUUCUCACCGGCCUUUGUGGGAAUACCCUCUCUCUGUGGGUUUUCAUGGCAAAGAUCUCAGGAAAAUCACCCACGCACAUCUACCUCAUAAACCUCGGGAUAUCCAACCUGAUGCUGUGCCUCACCAUGCCGUUCAUCGCAGCCUACUACGCUCUUGGUACCAGCUGGUCUGCGACCAGUGCAGUGUGUCAGCUGGCUAUUAACGGUCUGACUCCGGUUCUCCACACCAACAUUGGAGUAGGAAUGAUUAUUCUCACUUGGAUGGCAUUGAGCCGAUUUGCCACGCUUAUCCAGCACAACCACGGGCCUCGUCCAAGCAAGUGCAUCAAAAUCCUGCCUGACGUCUUCUUCAGCAAGCUGCGGCAAACCCCGUUUGCUUUAGGGGUGUGCCUGGGAACUUGGGCCUUCGUGGCAACAGCGAUCAUACCCUCAGUGGUGGUUUACUCACUGCAAGAGACCGAAGCGGUGAACAAGGAAGAGAAUCAGGCGUGUUACAGCGUUGCAGUGGAGGUUGGAGGCUCCGGAUCUCAGUCUUUUGCCGUGGCAGGCAUUGCCGUUUUUCUCCUUUGCUUACUCGUGGUAUUAAGUGCUUAUAUAUCUGUGAUCAGGCACUUCUACAGGUCCAGAAACAGCACAGUCAUCUCCGACAGACAGAGGGUUUACUCCAGAGUGUUCCGCAACAUCGUGGUCAUCCAAAUCGUGCUGGUGGUUUGUCUCUUGCCACACCACAUCUACAAAGCCAUUUUCAUAAGCUUGGCACAAACUGUCACUCUGCCAAGGGAUUCUCGACCAGAAUGCCACCCCCUGUCAACAUAUGUGGAAAUUAAGAACUUCCUCCUGUGUCUGGCGACUUUGCGCUGCAGCACAGACCCCAUCAUGUACUUCUUGUUGGACAAGACAUUCAAAAAGCAUGCACGCAGUCUGUUCAGAGGGAGCUCCAACACACAGGACAGCCAUUCAUCAAAGACCAUGCUAGAAUGUGGCCAGACCACCCCAAUCAACAACAGUGGUUCACAAGUUCACUAGUCUUGCAGUCCUUGAGUCUGGUCUUGGUCUUAAGAAUGUAAAUGAGCAGCCUUAAGAUCAUAAAGAGCGCUCUUAAGACAAUAAAUAACAAUCUUAAGACCAUAAAUGAGCGGUCACAAGACCAUAAAGAGCGGUCUUAAGACCCUAAACAAGAGGUCUUAAGACCAUAUAAAGAGCGCUCUUAAGACCCUAAACGAGAAGUCUUAAGACAAUAUAAAGAGCGGUCUUAAGACCCUAAAUGCGAGGUCUUAAGACCAUAUAAAGAGCGGUCUUAAGACCCUAAACGAGAGGUCUUAAGACCAUAAACGAGUGAUCAUGGUCUUGUCUCAAUCUCAACCUCAUUUGGAAUCAUGUGGGUCUUGGGGAAAGGUGGACAUAAACAUAGCAAAACUUUCAUAAAAUGUGUGUUUGGUAGAUUAUUUCUUUGUGGUACCAAUGCUUCUUGGCUAUAACUGGUAUACCAGUGGAAAGCCUGUUAUUUUCCGUUUUUUAAUUGUGCAUCAUUUGUAAGGAAUGAGCGGCAGAGCUGAGUAUGUGGGUUGUACCCAUUAAAAUGUGCCAAAUUGGCCUCUCUGCCAAUGACAAACAGCUUAUUCUGUGCCAUUGAUUCUUUUGGAGUUUGGUGGAACACCAGCUUGAUUUUGCCCUAUCUCACGGGCCCUAUCCAGAUUAGUCAAAUGUGGAAUGAUGCUGAUUCUCUGAGCAGAACCUUCUUACCACUGUAUCAGAGCCCAUGAUCACAGGUGAUGCUCCUGGAGGCACCAGAAACUCAGAACAAGUGUCAAUAGCAACAGAUAAAUAAGCUGUUUGUCAAUGGCAGAGAAGAAUUGGCAAAUUGUUCAUGGGUGUGCAUAUUUCUUACAAAUGUAGCCCCAUUUAAAAUGGCAAUGAUUGUACUAUUAAUUACAAAAUAUUAAAUUUCUGUUUUUCUGUUCUUGUUAUUUUUAUAUGAUAAAAAAUGUUAAUCUAUUCUUGGUCUUGUCUUGGUCUCGGCUGCUCCUGCUCUUAGUCUUGACCUGAACUCGACAUUUCUGGUCUUGGUCUUUACCCUGACUCGACUCAGUGAUCUAAACUAUGACACACUCAGUGUUCACACUCAGAAAGGUCACAAAACAGACAACUGAACAUUGCACUGUCAAAACAGACAUGAGAGGAAGUGAGUUUAUGCUAAACCAAAAUCUUCAGACCUGAACUGUUCUGCAGCACAUUUACCUGUACUGAGGUCAGAUCUCGUCCCAGUUCCCCUGGUUUUUCCCUCAUUUUCUCAGCACACCUGAGGAACUGUUUAAAAGGGGUGUGAAGACAUUUGCAAAAUAUGUCUGUAUUUUCAUCCAGUGAUAAACCUGAACCUGAUUACCUGAACAAACUGUAUGAAUAUUUAAUAAUAAUAAAAAAAAAAUCAUCAGAGUGAACCUAUUAGCUGUGAACUUAUUUAAAGAAUACAAUAUGUGCAAUUCAUCAAAUCCUAUGUAGCUGUUAAAUGUAUUAAAUGUAGCUGUAGUAUAAUGCUUGUUGAAACAUGUAAAUCUACUGUUAGUAUUACUGUUGUAUUGUGGAACUGUAUACUGUACAAACUUUUGUGAAAAAAUAUUAAUUUGUGUUGGUUUGCCCAUAAUU